AUGGCGCCACUGCUACUGCUGCUGGUGGCUGCCCUGGCCCAGACCAAGGCCCUUGUUGGUGACUGCAGGGAGGAGGUCGAGGUCUCACCUUGUUCCUCUCCCAGGCUCGCACUCCUGCGGUAUUUCCGCACCAUUAUGUCCCGGCCCGGCCUCGGGGAGCCCCGGUUCAUUGCAGUGGGUUACGUAGACGACACGCAGUUCGUGCGCUUCGACAGCGACGCCGAGAAUCCAAGAUAUGAGCCGCUGGCACCUUGGGUGGAGCAGGAGGGGCCGGAGCAUUGGGAGAGGCAGACAAGGUUCGUCAAGAACAGCGAGCAGGUUUACCGACAGAACCUGAGGACCCUGCUGGGUUACUACAACCAGAGCGCCGGUGACACAGCGGCUCAGAUCACCCAGCGCAAGUGGGAACGGGCUGGUUUUGCAGAGCAUGAAAAGGCCUACAUAGAGGGCACCUGCUUGGAGUGGCUCAGCAGAUACCUGGAGAACGGGAAGGAGCAGCUGCUGCGCACAGAUCCCCCAAAGGCACAUGUGACCCAUCAUUCUGGACCUAAAGGUGAUGUCACCAUGAGAUGCUGGGCCCUGGGCUUCUACCCUGCGGACAUCACCCUGACCUGGCAGAGGGAGGAGGAGGAACAGACUCAGGACAUGGAGCUGGUGGAGACCAGACCAUCUGGGGAUGGAACUUUCCAGAAGUGGGCAUCUGUGGUGGUGCCUUCUGGGGAGGAGCAGAAAUACACAUGCCAUGUGCACCAUGAGGGGCUGUCUGAGCCCCUCACCCUGAGAUGGGGUAAGGAGGGAGUGGGUGCAGAGCUGGGGUCAGAGAAAGAUGGAGUCUUCUGCAGAUCCUGA